AUGAUUCACAAGGCAUACACCAUCGCUCUACUGGCAGCGGCCCUAGCCGGGUCAGUUGAAGCCGGCCACAUACGCCACAGUCAUAACAAGCGUGCCGACGUUCAAGUUUGCGGCACCAAAGGCUACGAUCGUGACCAAGGAAACUAUUUCUACGACAACAGCGGCAAAUACAACUCGUACUUGACAUGCUCAGCCGCCUGCGUUGCUGACACCCAGUGCAAGAGCUUCGCAUACAGCAGCAAGGAGUGUAUGCUCUUCAACAUCCCUCUGGCGGGCAACUUCGACGCGGACAAAGGCAGCUCAGAUGUUUAUUACGACCGCGGCUGUCUCUCUUCUGCUGGAAGUCCCCCCUCUUCGUCGAGCACCAAGAAGUCUUCGACUACUCCAUCCGCCACACCCGGCAGCACCUCCAAGUCGUCGUCUUCAGUCGCCGCUACCACGCCCGCCUCAUCCCCAAAAUCUAGCACACCUGCACCAGCAACAACCCCAUCCCCGUCUUCUGCUAGCGGUGGUGCUUCCUCGACUGCCUCUACCAGCACCACCACCAACACUCUCUUCAACCCUUACGCCUCCAAAGGCUGUCCCCUCCCCACAGCCCUCGCCGUGUCCGGCCUCAAGUCCACCAUCGACUCAAAUGGCAACAACGCCGCCUCGGUCAAGGUAACCUACGGAAACGGCACCUUCAGCUGCCCCGACACCCCGGGCCACUGCGGCACCUACAACGGCCUGUUCGACUGCAACUGCGACCCGGACGGCCUGCUGCGCGUCAUCUCAGACGGCAAGAAUUGGCUCUGGAUCCAGGAGUGGUACUGGUGCGACGCCCAGGAGCAGCGGCCCACCAAGGCGCUGCAGAGCCUCGCCCUCACCGCAAACUUGACCUCGCUGGCCGACUACCUCACCUGCGACAAGGCCACCGGCACGUGCACCCAGUCGAAGCCCAUCACGGUCCCUGUCGAUGGCUACGGCGGCGGCGGCAUCAUCGGCUUCUCGCCUAUCAAUAUCAACGGGACUUAUUUGCCCAACUGCCCGUCCCAGAAUGCGCACUCGCCCGUCGUGACCAACACGGCCACCUGCACGGGCGGGGCGGCGGCUGCGACUCCUUGA